UGAAUUUUUUUGAUAAACCUGUCAGAUGGCUGGUUUCUGCUGGAGAGCUGCUGCUGUUGCUUUGGUGCUGUCUGCUGGAGCCAGUUUAGCUGCUGUGAACCAGAACCAACUGGGAAACAUCGUCUCAGACAUUCUGAACAGGUACAGACCGAGCUACGAGCUCCCCUGGGGUUCAAGGAGCUUUCCCAUGUUCAGCCUGGCUGUCAGCAUCCCUCACAACGACAUCCAGAAAAUGUAUGACGUCAGUAAAGUCACUGACUGCAGCGCCCGAGUGAAGGAGGAGGUUCUCAAAUGCAAUGUGUACACCAGCGACAGAAUGGUGGCAGCCACAGUUUUGAGGUGGCCCAAUGUUUUGAGACAGUGUCCCAACGAGCGAGUGCAGUGGCGUGAUGUUUUAGAUAAAUGUCCUGCAGGGGUCAAGACGUGGACUGAUGUCCAGCAACGCUGUCCAAGUGCUGUUACCGACGGCACAGCCGACCAUGCAGAAUACCGAACCGUGCAGUCCUUACACGCCUUGCUCAAAAAACACAACAAAGAUGACCUGUUGAUCUUCUAUGUUCUUGCCUCCCCAUGUCUGAACAGAUGUGCAGAUGAAACGAAUCAUCGGAGCAUUCUCAAACACAUAAUCCAGAUUCAGAAGUGGAAAAACUAUGCUUUCGUCUUUUCCGAUGUGUUCAGUCCCCGCAGUGGUCAGGUCAUACCGGAGGAGGAUUUGCGCAGGGCACUUUGGCAGCUUGGAACAUACAAGGGUCCCCUUGGGUCAAUUGGCCUCAACAACAUAUUCCGAUGCACAAAACAAAGCGCUGAUAGCAGCAAAGUGACAUGCAGAAACUGCUCACAAAAUAAUUUGGUUGCUCGCGACUGUUUUUCCAAAUGA